AUGUUCGAAGAGGCGUGGGCAGCGCUCGGCCUCGUUCUCAUCGCAACCCUCUUCCUUUUCGGCUUCCGGAAACUACUUGAACGACGUUCAAAGAAAACAUUCAACAAUGAAUCGGCCGUGGUCAAAAGCGGUCACCUAUGGGAUCAAGUAGACGAAUUUGAUGGGAGCCACUUCUGCUCGUGCUGUGAAAGACGACUUCUCAGGGGAUUCCGCUGCGAAAACUGCAACAUGAUGGUUGAUGAGGUGAACUGCGCCCGAAAAAUUUCCACGGUCAAGCCAUGCAAGGUCAACGCACCAACAACAUCAGAUGAUCAAGUGAAGCACCAUUGGGUACACGGCAACCUCUUCAGCGACGAUUUUUGUACGAUUUGUGGGGAGCUUUGCGGUGGAGAUGUUGGACUUAGCGACUACAGGUGCUCCUGGUGUGGUCGAGCCGUUCAUUCCGAUUGUCGUCAAUCUAUAGAUGAAGUCUGCGAUUUUGGAAGCGCAAAACGAUCUAUCCUUUAUCCAAAUACGGUCACUCUAAGAAAAGCCGGGAAUCGUGGGCAGAAACAGAUGGUCAUCGAUGGCAUCGCCAAGCCAGAGUACCCACCCGAUUGGCGUCCCGUCUUUGUGCUCGUAAACCCAAAAAGUGGCAGUGGAGCUGGUACAAAAGUCGCCUCUUCAUUUCGUCUUGUUUUGCAUCCCAUACAAGUAAUUGAUGUAACAAAGUCACACAUGAAAACAGUACUUCGUUGGUUGGAGAGUCAUCCCGAAAUUGAGGCACGAAUUGUGAUCGCUGGCGGUGAUGGAACAAUUAGCUUUGUGUUAAAUGACAUCGAUGAGCUGAGCAAUCGCCCGGCGGUGGCUGUUCUUCCACUUGGUACGGGGAACGAUUUGAGUCGUGUGCUGGGAUGGGGAAAACAAUCGGAUGGUUGUGUAGUGCCUAGUCAGGUUUUAGAGGAUUUACAAGAAGCCGAGGUGUUUCUUCUUGAUCGAUGGACAGUCUCUAUAGAAUAUCCAAGGAAAUUGGGUGUCAGACGACCUAAUAGAACCAUGUCGAUGACGAAUUACAUUUCAAUAGGAGUGGAUGCAUGUGUGACUUAUGGAAUGCAAAGCACAAGAGAUCAGUUACCAAGAGCGAUGUCUUCAAGAUUGAUCAACAAGUUGCUCUUCUUUACCUUUGGAACAAAGGAUGUGUUUGAUCGAGCGUGUUUUGGAUUGGAGUCAAAGAUUGAGCUCAUCGUCGAUGGAAAGAAAAUCAACCUGCCUGAAAUCGAGGGGCUCAUCUUUUUGAAUAUUCCUUGUUGGGGGGCGGGUGUUGAGCCAUGGACUAUGGAAAAUGACGAAUCGAUGCCACAAUCUUGUUCUGAUCAGCUAUUUGAAGUGUUUGCGGUUCGAUCAUCGUUUCAUAUAGCUCAAUUGCAGGUUGGAUUGUCGACUCCACUGAGAAUAUGCCAAGGUCGUGAAGCAUCCAUGCGGGUCGUCAAAGGGCCUCUUCCAAUGCAAUGUGACGGUGAAGCGUGGCUACAACAACCGGCAACCGUUUCAAUCGUUCACAAAUGCACUUCAUUGAUGCUCAAGAAGAAACAAACACUCGAAUCUCCAAAAUCAGGCUUUUUCUUA